UCCGGCGGACUCUUCCCUGCCCAGCUGGCAUAUAUGUAGGAGUUUGUUCGAGUUCGAACGCGAUUGCUCCUCUUCACAUCUCUUUCUCCGCCGGAUCGAUGCAGUUAGCUGUCGCCGGCGAUGGGGCUGGUGAGCACUCUCUUGGGCGUCCUCGGGUUUGGAAUCGGCACUUCCGUCGGCCUUCUGGUCGGAUAUUUCUUCUACAUUUACUUCCAGCCCAGCGACGUCAAGGAUCCAAUUGUCAGACCCUUGCAUGAGCUAGACUCAAAGACCUUGCAAUCACUUAUACCUGAGAUUCCAUAUUGGAUGAAGAAUCCAGACUAUGAACGAGUCGACUGGUUGAAUAAAUUCAUACUCGACAUGUGGCCUUGCUUGGAUAAGGCAAUAUGCAAUACAAUUCAGAGUACAGUGAAGCCGAUAUUUGAUCAGUACAUUGGAAAGUACUGGAUCGAGUCAAUUGAAUUUGAUCAUCUAACUCUUGGUUCAUUUCCACCUACAAUUCAUGGUGUAAAAGUUUAUGAAUCACAAGAGAAAGAAUUAGUUGUUGAACCAGCAAUGAGAUGGGCUGGUAAUACAAAUGUGGUUUUAGUGCUUAAACUGUCCAUCUUCAAAGUAACAAUACAGCUGUUGGAUUUACAAAUAUCUUUGGUGCCACGGGUUACUUUGAAACCACUAGUUCCAAGUUUUCCAUGCUUUGCCAACUUGUCUGUAUCUUUGAUGGAAAAGCCAAACGUUGACUUUGGACUCAAAAUUUUUGGUGGAGAUAUAAUGGCAAUACCUGGCUUGUAUAGGUUUAUUCAGGAUACAAUUGCAACACAAGUCUCAAAUAUUUAUCAUUGGCCAAAUCUUUUAGAGAUACCUAUUCUAGAGGGUUCAAGUGCUGCAGUAAAGAAGCCUGUGGGAAUAUUGAAUGUAAAUGUUGUUCGUGCAUAUAAUCUUCGCAAGAUGGAUAUUCUUGGUAAAUCAGAUCCCUAUGUUAAACUCAGUUUGAGUGGAGAGGGGCUGCCAUCAAAGAAGACCUCAAUCAAGAUGCGUAACCUAAAUCCUGAAUGGAAUGAGCAAUUCAAACUUAUAGUAAAAGAUCCAGAGACUCAAGUUCUUCAGCUUCAUGUUUAUGACUGGGAAAAGGUGAAAAUGCAUGAUAAGUUGGGCAUGCAAGUCAUUCCACUGAAUGUGCUUAUUCCUCAUGAAACAAAAGAGUUCACUCUUGAUCUUCAAAAGAACAUGAACCCUAAUGACCUACAAAAUCAGCGAAACAGAGGGAAAAUUGUAGUACAAUUGACAUUUGAUCCUUUCAAAGAAGACACUGGUAGUUUCAGUAAGGUUUUAGAUGAGAAGCUUAGUGGCAUUGACAGAGGGAUUCAGGAUGUAUCUGAUAAUGGUGGGCUGUUGUUGGUCACUAUUGAAGCUGCAGAAGAUAUUGAAGGAAAGCAUCAUACUAAUGCUUAUGCAGUGGUUCUUUUCAGAGGAGAAAAGAAGAAAACUAAAGUUAUCAGGAGGAGCAGGGACCCAAGAUGGAACGAGGACUUCCAGUUUAUGCUAGAAGAGGCACCAAAAGAUGAGAAACUUCACAUUGAAGUACUGAGCAAGGGAAGGUUUUUUAGCUUCCACUCCAAGGAAUCUCUUGGGUACGUUGACAUCAAUAUUUCAGAUGUUGUGAACAACGGGCGCAUAAACCAAAGGUAUCAUCUCAUAAACUCGCGAAGUGGAGUGAUUCAUAUUGAGAUGGAAUGGAACACCACUUAACGGGACGUCAUCAGGGGUUGUACAUACGAGUUAAAAUGUUGUAUAGCUCUGCAAUCAUGCAUUUUUUAUUUUUUGGUAUAAUUAAAAGAUAGAUGAAUUUAUAGCCUCAUCACAAGAUUGUUUAUGGUGUAUCUGAAUGAGAAAAAUGAUUACAGCAUAAAUUCAAACUAAGAAAUGGAACCAAAUUUAAUAUAAUAUA